AUGUCUGGAAAGAAAAAACAGAAGCUGCUUGAGAAAUACUUGGAAAAGAAGCAGAGACAAAAAGAGCGAGAUUCUUUGGUUGAGCAACUGAAAGUAUUGCAAAGCAAGUCGCAGGAAAUAAAGUCCUGCACUCUUACAUCUUCCAGCCUGCUGGUGCGGCGCAAAAAAACAGUUGCAAAAACAGAUAAAAAGACAGCAGCUGAGAAAGCAGAAGAGCCCAGCACUAAAGACCAAGCUGUCUCAACUGCAGAGCCAGUUACACCAGAGAGCGAGGACACAAAGAUGUCCAUAUCUGACCUUCUGAAAACUGUCAGCAGUGAGCAGCUAUGUGACGGAGUUAUAUGGAAAAAAGCGGAAAAAAGAAAACUUUUGUCUGACAGCGAAAAUGACGAGAUCUCUCACACAGUGAAGCAGAGUAAGCCAGACGUGGCUGCGAAGCUUAUAAAGACGAACAAGGUGCACUCAAAGAACAGAGAGAUAGCAAGCACUCUUCCAAUAACCCACAUGGAAGACGAAAUUGUCUCUUCCGUGAAGAACAACCACAUCACAAUCAUUACAGGAGGAACAGGAACAGGGAAAUCAACACAGGUACCCCAGUUCUUAUACGAGAAUGGGCUGGCAGAGCACAAGAAGAUAUGUAUUACGCAGCCAAGGCGAGUGUCAGCAUAUGCAGUUGCGAAUAGAAUAUCCCAGGAGCAGAACCAGGGAAUAGGAGGUGUCUGCGGGUACAGAAUGCGAUACGACACAAAGGCAUGUGACUCCACAAAAAUUCUUGUUCUAACAGAAGGGGUUCUGCUGCAGGAGCUAUCAGAUGACCCGUUCCUGUCAGAGUAUUCUGUUAUAGUUUUAGAUGAAGUCCAUGAAAGGUCUCUGCACCAGGACACAAUACUUCUUGUUCUGUCUAAGCUGGUGGCUAAGACAAAUAUAAGGCUUGUGCUAAUGAGCGCAUCAAUAACAGAUGAAUAUGUGGCAGCAGUAGCAAGCAUAUCAGGCGCUAAAAUAAACAAAGUGCAGAUUGAAACCCAGAUGCAUAGCGUGGAGAUACACCACCUUCCACUGCGGGCGUACAACUAUCUGGAUGAAUUAAAAAGAAGAGUAGAGUCACUUGAUGAAGAAGAUGGAUCUAUCCUGGCAUUUGUAUCGACAAAGGAAGAGACAGAAAGAGUGCGGGAAGAGCUGCAGAUGAACAACAAAGAAGUAUACUCUUUGCACAGUGAUACGACAGAAGAGGCGCAGAAGCUAAUCCUGGGCAGCUCUAAUGUUGUCAUAGUAGCAACAAAUGUGGCAGAAACCUCUCUGACUCUUCCAGACGUAAAGUACGUUAUUGAUGGAGGGCGAGAGGUGCAGAAGAAGUACAACUACAGUACAAACACGUAUACGUACAGUACUGUGCUUAUUUCAAAGGAAAGUGCCAAUCAGCGAAGAGGCAGAACCGGAAGAGUUGGCAAUGGAGUGUGCUAUCGGGUGUACACUACAGUGGAAUAUGAAAAAAUGGGCAGUAAUAGAGAGCCUGAAAUUGAGAGAGAGCGGGUGCUUCCAAUGGUGUCUGCGCUUUUGAAGGCUGGAAUGCGCCCAAGUAGAAUCGCAAGGGUCCAAUGCAUCACUGCACCUCCACUCACCGCCAUAGACACAGAGCUGGAGACUCUUAAAAGGCUUUCAAUUGUAACAGAAGAAGAACUAACCUCAUUUGGAAAGAAGUGCCUCUCCCUGCCUAUUAGCCCUAUGCUAGGCGCGGCCUUGUUGCAGGCGUACAGCAAGUCGCACAGCAAUCUAGACUGCAUGCUGAAUAUCAUUGUGUCCAUUGAGACAUACAAUGCUAAGAAAGUGCACUACAUCCCAAAUUAUAUCCCAAAUACUAAGACAUAUAUUGAAACUCUUUCAAGGCCUGCAACGCACACACAGAAUAGAACAAAGCUUGCAAGGCACAUUCUCAAAGCAUUUAAUAAGCUCCUUGAAUGUGGAGAGAAUAGCUCGUCCAACACUAGUGCUAUAGAUGUAGAUGCAACAGUGAAAAAAGCACUCAGCCAGAGCAUUAAUACUAUUGAUGCUGAUAUUGGAAUAGCAUGCGGAAAGAUACUUGCAUGGUGCUUUGCUUCUAAUAUUAUCACCGCAUACAAAGGAAAGUACUACUACAUGGAAAAGGAAGUAAGAGUGCGCAGCCCUCUUCCUGAGAUACUCUCAGAUACUCCUGUCCCAAUUGUGUGCCACUCUGUUGUACAUCCUGACUUAGAGGACGCCCAGAAAAUAGCUAUGGUUUGCUCUGUUAUCUCUGAAUAUUAA